AUGUUCGACAUUGUUAACCAAAUUGAAAACUGCCCGCCGUACCUGUUGUCUUCUCAGCGACAAGCACUGGCUUUUACCGACGUUAUCCAGUUAUGCUCUGGUUUCAGUGAGAAAGGAAUGCACAUGACAUUCUAUCUGUUCAACGACUGUCUUGAGGUCGCGAAAAGGAGACGCAGCUGGAGCGAUCACUCUUCUUCAGCUAAGCGACAGCAUUUGAAAGUUCGCAAGCAUAUCGAGCUGUUGUUUUUGUCCAACAUCAGACGAGUCAUUGUGUUGAAAGGAUCGGCAGAUCCGCCGGAUUUGUUUUGUUUGGCGAUCAGAAACAACAUGGGCGACUUUUACUACGCUUACCAGUUUUUGGAGCCAUGCUCGUCAGACGAGAAGAAAAAUUUUUUGAAAUCACUUAACGAGCAGAUCGUGUUCAUCUCUGGUAGAGCGAACUAUGGGAUUCAGGAAUAUGACAUCGACUCCGAAGGAACCGGUGGCGAUUACGAGCUCAAGAAGGCGUUACGAAAAGCUGUAAAGUAUUCGAAAUUUGGCAGGCAGCGCCUUAGCAGAGGCUGGCCCUCAAGCGCAUCUCCCGACAGCGGCUUCCAUUUACAGAGGGCCGUAAGCCAGAUGACGCUUUCGCUAUCCGGUACUUUACGCCGAAUGUCAAAGUCGAAUUUGCGGUUGCCUGUUACAGAUACCGUCGAUGAACGACCGGUGAGUUUUCAAGACAGUUUUCAGAACUCUCUCUAA